AUGUAUUCUUUGGAAAACCGCAUUUUACCUGGAUUCUCCAUCAAGUUGUUGGUUCUACUGUUGGUCAUAAAUUUAUUAGUAAUGAAAAAAUCUUUAUUUAAGAAUUGUGGUUCCGAUUUCAGAUGCAAAGGAAAGAAGAACCCAGAAGUGGAGCUAAGAACAUGCCCAAGGAUACUAACUGAUGUAUCUGCUUCAAAUGAGACUUUUCCAGAAGGAAUAAAAUUAGACCAUGAGUGCGAUCAUUAUGUUUAUGAGACUAUCAAAUAUAAGAAAUUCCUAAAAAAGUUACAAAAUCAUCCAUCUAAUAAAAAAGAAAUAACUACUGAUGACGUAAAUAAAUUUCUUUCAUCAUGUGACUUAUUUGUAAGUAAGAAAAAGGCAAGGUUUGUUUUUUAUCACUAUAAUAGAUAUCAAAGAAAAUUAUUCAAAGAUUUGUCUAAAAGAAUGUGGAAUAAAUUUACCUUAUUAGCAAAUGAAAAUGGCAUACCAAAUGACAUCCAAUUGAAAAUUUGGAAGAAAUAUUAUGUUGAAAUUAUCGAUCACUUUAGAAAAAUGGAUAAUUUUUUUAUAGAAAGGUUUGUAGGAUUUUUGUGUAGAUCAAUAAUACUUAAUAUAAGUUUAUAUAAAUUCUUAGGUAGGUAUAAAAGAACAUGGAAAGAAAAUUUACGAGAACAGAAAUUCAUAUGGACUAUGGCUCUAACUAAUGCUAUAAAGGAUUAUCCAAACUAA